CCGCAAAACUAUUGGACAGCCGAGCUGUCUGUCAAAUCUGUCGACUCUACUGGGGGAUGGACACCGACAAUCUCAGCAUCUGUGCCAAACGAUGAACGCUUUACCUGUUUCCGCGGUUUUAACUGGAAAAUAAAGCGACAGAACAUCAGCAGUCAACAUGUAUGGUUUUGUGAAUCACGCCCUGGAGCUCCUCGUUUUAAGGAAUUACGGUCCGGAAGUGUGGGAAGACAUCAAGAGGGAGGCUCAGCUUGAUAUUGAGGGUCAGUUUCUUGUUAGAAUAAUUUAUGAAGAUGCCAAAACCUAUGAUCUCGUGGCAGCUGCAAGUAAAGUUUUAAAGAUCAACGCUGGAGACAUCUUGCAGAUGUUUGGCAAGAUGUUUUUUGAGUUUUGCCAGGAAUCAGGAUAUGAUACUAUUUUGCGUGUCCUGGGCUCCAAUGUUCGAGAAUUCUUGCAGAAUCUGGAUGCACUACACGAUCACUUGGGCACCAUUUAUCCCGGAAUGAGAGCUCCCUCGUUUCGCUGCACGGAUGCAGAGAAGGGAAACAAUCUGAUUCUUCAUUACUACUCCGAGAGGGAGGGCUUACAAGAUAUUGUAAUUGGUAUCAUUAAAACUGUCGCCCAACAAAUCCACGGAACAGAGAUCGAGAUGAAGGUGAUCCAACAAAAAAGUGAAGAGUGCGACCACAUCAAGUUUCUCAUUGAGGAGAAGGACUCUGAGGAGGAGGCGUUCAAUGAAGACCUCGAUGGCUUUGAGGAGAACGGCACUCAGGAGACCCGGAUCAGCCCCUACACAUUCUGCAAGGCCUUCCCUUUUCACCUCAUGUUCGACAAGGACCUCAUGCUCACCCAAUGUGGGAAUGCCAUCUACAGAGUUCUGCCACAGCUCCAGCCUGGGAGCUGCAUCCUUCCAUCAGUGUUUUCUUUGGUCCGGCCUCAUAUCGACUUCAGUUUUCAUGGAAUUCUUUCCCACAUAAACACGGUCUUUGUUCUGCGGAGUAAGGAGGGCCUACUUAAUGUGGAGACGGUGGAGAAUGAGGAUGAGCUGACGGGGGUGGAGAUCAGCUGUCUGAGAUUGAAAGGGCAGAUGAUUUACUUGCCAGAGGCAGAGAACAUCCUUUUUCUCUGCUCACCCAGUGUUAUGAACUUGGAUGAUCUAACAAGGAGGGGGCUGUACCUGAGUGACAUCCCGCUGCAUGACGCCACCCGUGACCUGGUUCUGCUGGGUGAGCAGUUUCGGGAGGAGUACAAGCUGACCCAAGAGCUGGAAAUCUUGACAGAUCGCCUUCAGCACACUCUCCGGGCCCUGGAGGAUGAAAAGAAGAAGACUGAUAGACUGCUGUACUCUGUUCUCCCACCAUCUGUUGCCAACGAGCUGCGGCACAAACGGCCAGUCCCAGCGAAGCGCUACGACAACGUGACCAUCCUCUUCAGCGGCAUCGUCGGCUUCAACGCUUUCUGCAGCAAGCACGCCUCAGCCGAGGGCGCCAUCAAGAUAGUCAACCUGCUCAACGACGUCUACACACGCUUUGACAUCCUCACAGACUCCCGGAAAAACCCUUACGUGUACAAGGUGGAAACAGUUGGUGAUAAGUACAUGACGGUGAGCGGCCUGCCAGAGCCGUGCACGCACCACGCCAAGUCGAUCUGCCACCUUGCUCUCGACAUGAUGGAGAUCGCCGGACAGGUCAAAGUGGAUGAUGAAUCCGUACAGAUCACCAUCGGCAUCCACACAGGAGAAGUGGUAACCGGGGUGAUUGGGCAGAGGAUGCCCAGAUAUUGCCUGUUUGGAAAUACAGUCAACCUCACAAGUCGUACUGAAACAACUGGCGAAAAAGGAAAAAUUAACGUCUCAGAAUACACUUACAGGUGUUUGCAGUGUGCAGAGAACGCGGAUCCUCAGUUUCAGUUGGAGUACCGCGGCCCCAUCACCAUGAAAGGGAAGAAGGAGCCAAUGAAGGUGUGGUUUCUUUCAAGGAAAAGCGGCGACACUGACAAGGCAUAACCGACCAACACACAACUAACUUCCCCUCGAGGGUUUAGUCACCAACAUUUCAUUCCAGUCUUGUGACUUGAUGAGGUAUUGAUCAAAACACAUUAGGUGAACUACUAAGGUAUUCUUGGUCCAAAACAUUUGAGUAUUUUUAGUGGAAAAAGUCACAAUUUUUGUACUAUCUUUGCUCACAUGUUUUCUCUCAUGAUCUCUCUGUUUACUAAUAUUUGUGCAGCGCGUCAGAAAAUACUGCAAAUACUCCUGAAAGCUUUUGAUAAAAAAGUCAACCUUUGGUGCUGUUGUUUAGCAUUUUCACACACUUAAACCAUCACAGAGAAUCCUGUGUGCCAUAUCACUUUUAACCAAUAAAAACAUUUCAUUUAAUGGAUUAUUUAGUAUUAUUAUGUAUUAGAACUUUGAUAUAAAACACUGACAUUCUGUAUUGCAGCUAUUAAAGAAAAUUAUUUGUAAAUCUUAAAAAUAAAUAUGUAACAAUUUGUGACUUAGAAAACUAUUUUUUUCUGAAGGUUAUAGAAACAUCAAGAACAUUGUUGUAGUAGAUAAAUCACUACAUUUCAAAGCUAUGGAAUCAAUUUACAUGUGUAAUUAUUAGCCAUUUAUAGCACACGUUAUAAGUAAAAAAAAAGUAUGAUCUCAAAGUAUUCUAUAAAUAAAAAAACUAAUUAUUGAACAAUGAGCAAAGCUUUUUUUAAUCAUUAAAUGUCUUUCACAAAACCUUUAAAUAGCUACACUGUGUGUAACACUGAUAACACCUUUAUUUUGCACUUAUCUGAUUCACUCUGCUUUUACAAGUGGUACUACAAAAUAAAAUGUCUUAUUUUUGUUUCACAGUUGUUUUAGAUGCUCUUUAAUGUUGGCAUAUUUAUUGUUUGUUUUGAGUUACUUUGUAUUUAUUCUGCUUUGUUGAUGAUUCAAACAGUUAUAAAUGUAUUGUUCACCUCCAAAAAAAUAUAAUAGACUUAUUUAUGGUUUAAACUCA